UAUCCCAACAUUUUUAGAUAUGGGUUAAUAAUUAAAAACCUUGCCGAACCUUCGAAACAAAUUAUAAAACCUGUAGCUGCUGCAUUUUGUGAUGACGAGGAUGAAUUUGAGCCUACUUCAUCUAAAGACAUCAGUGCAUCGACAAUACGUGUGAGAAUGCAGGCAAGGCGAGAACAUGAAAAAGCUCUAGCUGAAGAUGCGACAAUAUUUGAUUAUGAUAAUAUUUACGAUGAAUUACAGGCAAAGAAAAAUGAAAAAAUUGCAGAGAUUAAGGCUGCAGAUAAAGAUCGCAAAUCAAAAUAUGCUGAACAAAUCCUAGAAACACAUAAAAAACGAGUACUUGCACAACAAAGUCGAGAAGAACGCAAACAGCAAAAAGAACGCGAAGCAGAAGCUGGAAAGUUCGAUGAUAAGGAGAAGUUUGUCACGAGCUCUUAUCGAAAGCAGCUUAUUGAAAUGGAAAGCUUUCGCUUGAAAGAAGCAGUUGAUAAUCAACUGACAGCUGUGGAAAAACAAAAAAGUGGGAUGUGGGCUAGCGGUUUUUACAGAACACUUUUGAAUGAUAUUAGCAGAGAUAACAGUGAAGUCAAAACAGAAGUAAAGGACCUAAAGCAAAAAGUUUGUGACUAA